UAUACUAGGCUACUUCUGCUUCACCCUUGUUUAGCUGUAUAAUUAAGCGAUACGUUUGCUUCAAACCAAGAGACUCGUUAAUGUGGAAAACUAGAUGGAUUUGUAUGGAAGCUGGAAAUGUCUUUUAAAAGAGCGUUGUCCGGCUGUUUCCAAUAAGUUGCUCACCUUGUUGACUUCCAGGAGUGACAGUCCCAUCUGUGUUUGACAGGACACACUCUUCACCUGGACGAGCUACAGGGCUGUUUGGUUUUGACGCUUUUUUACCUUUACAUCUUUUAAAAUGUGGCUCAUGGUCGUUUCUGCCCCGCUGCUUCCUGCCCUCAUCAUGGUCUCCAGUCAUUAUCGUGUCAAAGUUGCCUCACUGUGCCAUCGAGCUCUGGCCUGGGCGCUGCGGCUGGUGCGAGGGAGAGUGUGUGUAAGGAGCACCCACAACUUUGUCUUCUCCAAAUGCACCCAUGGUAAAGCUGACAGCGUCCUGGAGACCUUUGACCUUUACGCAGACACACACCCCUCCCUCUGCAUCGGCCCUCAGACCGGUGACGCACUGGAUGAGGUGGUGAGGCGUGUCUGUCCCUCCCGGGUGUUGGAGCUGGGAAUGCACUGUGGCUACAGCUCUGUCCGCCUGCUGCGUCUGCUGCCCCCUGCUGGCAGACUGAUCACAGUGGAGCUGGACCCACUCACAGCAGAGCUCGGGGAGGAAGUCAUCAUGGUGGCUGGAUUCAAACAUUCACAGUUCCAGGUGUUGACAUCCAGCUCAGCUGAGGCCAUCCCAACUUUGCGUUCAUUUCUUGACCUUAUUCAAGGGACCAGUGAUGGGCUAAAUCUGGUGUUGAUGGACCAUGACCCCCAGCAGUACCUCCCAGAUCUGCUGGCUCUGGAGAGAGAGCAUCUCCUCUGUCCUUCCGGCUGCUCCAUCCUUCUGAUCUACAGGAACCAAAGAGAUCUCAGAGAUAUCCUGGGUCACAUCAGAGUGAGGCCUGACUGCUACUACAUCAAGUCAGAGCUUCAGUUUAUGAUGGAGAUCUUCUACCAAAGAGAAAGUUCAGUUACAUUAUAAUACAAUCUAAAGGUGUGAGUGUGUGCUUUUAGUUUGUGUGGAUUAUACCAGCAAAUGGUGCUAAAUAUUUUUUCAUCUCUAGUAUUAUUUAUGGGUCAAAGAAUUUGAGGAUAAUAAAGAAUUAAGUAUUUUCUACAAUUUGUCAAAUUGUGCUGUUGUUUUCCUUGGAUGACUUGAUAAACUAAACUAAAAUAGUAUUAUUAAUAUAAAUGAUGGUGUUCCUGGAGAUAAAUAAUUAACAGCAGAAAAGUAAAGUAUAAUAUUAUAAUUAUAUAAUUAUAUGCAGAU